UGACACCGCUAACGUGUACUACGCAGGCGUACAUCAAAACCCAAGAUGGAGGAAGGCGGAAGAAAAAUUGUGUUUCUGUGCAGUUUGCUGCUGUUUUUCCGUCAAAUGAGCUGUUUUCUUCACAUCGAAGAGCUGAACGAGAUGAAAUAUGGCAUCGAGAUUCAAAAUACUCCAGUAGAAAGACCUGAGGCGUUGCUGCCGGAUGUUCUGUAUGUGGCGUCCAAGUACGGCCAGGAGUACCAGUGUGUGCUGCCCAAGGUGUCGGGGCAGGGGGAGGGGGAGGAGGCACAGGAGGAGGAGAAUCAACAGAACUUCAACAUCUCCUACCUCCUGGCACCCAUGGGGAAGGCUCCAUGUCUCACCAAGGAAAAAGACUGGUGGACAUAUGAGUUCUGUUAUGGAAAAAACAUUAGACAGUACCAUAUGGAAGAAGGUGAAAUUAAAGGCGAUAUCUACUACAUCGGCUUUUAUGAGUCUGACAAAAACUGGACCAACACUUCUAAUGAGGCUGCCGGCAGCCAUCGACUACAGCGCUACCACAGUCAGAAGUACAUCAACGGGACGACCUGCGACCUCACAGGGCAUUACCGACAGGCGGAGGUCAGGUUCUUGUGCGAGGAGCGGAUGGGAGAUUACAUCAACCCGGGUAGACAAGCCGUCUUCGUGUAG